AUGACUCAAAACGACGAUGAGCUUGAAAUGAACUGGACGGCAGAAGGGAUUGAGAUUGCAGAUGAUGAGAGUGUUAUCUCUAUGAAUAGUGAAGAUAAUUUUCAUGAAGAAGUAGAGCUAGAACUUGCCACUGGCAUUAAACGCAGUCGUGAGACAGAAAUGACGGACGUUACAAUUGACCACAACGAAAUAAUCGCCAUGAAGAAACAAAAGACCGAUUCUACUGUCAAGUGCCCGGCUCAAAAUCCCAAGGGCUUGCACAAGAUGACGGAAUUGGAGCAUUCUAAGCUUGUUAAUGACACUUAUCUUCUGCAUCGAGGUGGACAAAUGACGUUGUUGGAAAUAGCAGAUGGACUCAAUGAGUCACAUUUUCUGGCACCUACAGGUCUAGGCAAGCAUAAACUGGAACUCCUGCCAUCGUAUAUUCAUCACUUGUUGCCAACGUACAAGCGAGAGUUUCUGGGUAAGGACAAACGUCGUGAUAAAAGUCCAAUUGUCCUUAUCCUUUCUUCGUCUGCGCUGCGGUGUGUUGAGGUCAUCAAACACUUGGCGUCAUUUCAAUGUCGUGUGGCAAAACUCUUUGGCAAGCAUUUGAAGAUAAAUGAACAAGUCAAACAACUUACCAGUACCUACUUUCCAAUUGCUGUGGGUACACCUGCACGUGUCAAGAAGCUUUUGGAAAUCAAGGCAUUAUCAAUGAAGCAUACGAAACGCGUGAUUCUUGACAUGGAAAAGAACAAGAAACAGCUUUCGAUAUUAGAACUUAAAGAUACAGCCACUGAGGUAGUAGAUCUCCUUCAGUUCCACUUGCUGCCACAGCUUAACGCGAAACAGAGCGAGAUGAAGAUUGUCUUAUUCUAA